UUUAAGUAUUUUGUCAAUUGACAAACUGGCAUGGUCUUAUCUUUUAUCGAAAUAUAACUGUGGCAAUUAAAUGACCUAUUUCUGAAAUUAGCCUAUUAUUUCAAUUCAAUGUGCACACGAUAGGGUGUAAACCGGCAAUAGGUUUGAUAUCGAAACUAGCUAUAGCUUUAGGGAAUCAUUAGUCUAAUAUUCUAGCGAUUUAACGAAAAUGUUAUCUUUAAUUACAUCGUUUCUUCCGAGUUUACCUGGAUGGCUGACGCUUGAUGCAAACCCCCUGGACAGUCUACUCCAAGGGCUUGUCGGCGCAUGUGGGAUCUCUGUUCUCUGUAACCUGUUGAGAGUACACGUAUUCUUAGAGGCUGAAAGUUCAAGCAACAUAAGCAGCAGUAAAGAGACAUCUAUGCAGAAGAAACCAAGGCAUCAAGCCAGUGCUACAAUUGGGCUGUGUGGAACUCUCCAGUUCUUGUUCCUGUCAGUGAUGCUGGCUGUAGUGGGCUCUCGGGUUGCCUCCCUGGUGGUUCUAGAGUUCUCCCUCAGAGCAGUGUCAGCUUGGGUCACAGCUGGACCAGAGUCCAGUAGGUUCCUACAGCAGCUGCUGGUGCAGUGCCAGUUCUCCCUGGGUUGUGCCCUCAGCUGCAGUCUCCAUUUCCUCCACGAGGGGGCGCCGCAGCGCUGGCUCUGCCUCCUCCUAGCUGCAGGACUGAGCUGGUUCCUGGCCAGCCAGACUGGGCGCCUACGGCUCCAUGUCAUUGCACUGUACAAACUACACAGUUCCCAGCGCUACUGUGGAGUGUGCAUUGCACUGCUCACAUCAGGUUGCUCUUUGUUACCACACCUGACCAGGGCCCUUAUGCUCAGCUUUGCAGUGGCUGCCAUUUCCGCCAUAUCUAUAAUAAACAAACACUUCCUCUCAGCUACAGAAGCCCUCAGGUUCUGGACUCCACUGACAAUCUGCUACACACUGCUGGUGGUGUAUAUGCAGGAGGAGCAACAUCGCCAGCCAAGUGGCCAAGCUGUUAUAAACACAGUGGUGGUGCGUCUGGGGGGGCUCACGGUCCUGAUGCUGACUGUCGGCCGCUGGGCAGAUGUGCUCCAUAUCCUUCUGUGCUUCCUGGGUGAGGCUGGCUGUCUGAUACCCUCCAGAGACCUGUUGGAUGCUACAACACAAGAUAUGGAGGAAGUUCCCAGACAUUCCCAGGGAAGUGAGAACCGGAGGAGACACCUGACACCUGGCAAAGACCACCAGAGUUAAGUCAUGGGAAGAAACUAUUCGUGCUGGGAAUCUUUCUUAAGCAAUAGUCUAUUAUAUUCUAUGAUUAUAAUCAUAUCAAUUAUUGACAAGUGUUGACUUUUAUACCUAGGAAGGAUAUAAUGAAAAUAAUAAUAAAAUUGUAUGACACAUCUACUAAC